GUUAGCUAAAUGCAGGAGACAGCGAUCUCGCGCUGAUGAGGAUGUCCACAAGAAAAUGUGAAAUGUGACAGCGGAGACACGCAGCCAUCCUCCCUCAAUACAUCUGUCUUCUCUUCAGAAAAGGAAUUCAGAAGGAGAGGACAGGGCGCCCAGUCGACUGCUGCUCACACCAAGUUCGGCAAAAAAUGGCGAGUUCAGUUCCUUUGGAAACCGUGAUGUCCUGCGCGAGGCAGGAGAGCAGGAGCGGAGCCGCGGCGGCCCCGAAGGCGCUGGCCUUCUCCAUUGACAGAAUCAUGUCGAAGAGCUCGGAACCAAAAACCCGCCACGGACUGGAUAUUUCGGAAGGCAAGAAGAUAGUCGGCUUAUGCUCACCUGUACCGUGCAUGAUCCCCAUACAGCCUUAUAACUACGACCUGCAAACCAAGGCUUUGAUGAAUUACUCCGAAUUCUGGAAGGCUAAUUUCAAAGGGACUUUAUGUGCAUCUGCCACAAUGUGCAAAACUAACUGCGGUCUAUGCAGUAAAUCAGAGCCGGGUUUUAAGCACUCGUUAUUACCAGGGACCAGAGUAAUCAAGCCCCAAGUCAUUCAUCAGACGGUGGCAAUGCCGACCAACGGCUCUGUUUAUUACUUCAACUACUUGGACUCUGGGUAUCACGCUGCUGAUUUAUUCGGUGGACAUUUAUUUUCUUCAGGCAUAACAAACACGAAUGCGCAAGCGGCCCUUAGUGCGCAUCAGAAAUUACUUCUGCUGGAGAAUGCUAAACUUGCAGGUGCGACUGCCGACAAGUUCCCCACACCCCAGUACCCGCACAAGGAGCAUUUGCCUGGACAACUGGACCAGAUUGUGAAGGAAAAUCACAACCUGACAACGGAGAAAAACGGCGUGAAAACGCAUAACAAACAGAGUAACGCCGCAGCAGACGGAAAACCCAAACACUUCACCUGUGAAGUGUGUGGGAAGGUGUUCAAUGCGCAUUAUAACUUAACCCGUCACAUGCCGGUGCACACAGGCGCGAGACCAUUUGUCUGCAAGGUGUGUGGGAAGGGCUUCCGUCAAGCCAGCACGUUGUGCAGACACAAAAUUAUUCAUACGCAGGAAAAGCCUCACAAAUGCAACCAGUGUGGAAAAGCCUUCAACCGGAGCUCGACCUUAAACACACACAUACGUAUUCAUGCCGGCUACAAACCGUUCGUCUGCGAAUUUUGUGGAAAAGGCUUUCACCAAAAGGGUAAUUAUAAGAACCACAAACUCACACACAGUGGAGAAAAACAAUACAAAUGUUCUAUCUGCAACAAAGCCUUCCACCAGAUUUAUAACCUGACGUUCCACAUGCACACGCACAACGACAAGAAGCCAUUCACUUGCGGAACUUGCGGAAAGGGCUUCUGUAGAAACUUUGACUUGAAGAAGCACAUACGGAAACUGCACGACAGCAGUUCGUGUUUGUCCACGUCAAAUGACACUUCCAGGAAACUCCAAAGCUGAGACGUCUGUUGUUUUCUGUUGGAACUGGACAUUUAAAUACAAAUAUAUAUUGUCUGUUGUAAAUAAGCUUCAACGAACGAAAACUGACAUUAAAUCGACAAGAUUCCUAAGGAGGAAAUUCAGGUCAUCUAUUUUUAAUUUCAUUGGAUUGGGUGUUGAGACCAGUUUGUCAAUUGUACUGUAAAUAAUAUGAGAAAUAAAAUGUUAUUUAAAGUGUUUUACCAUGAACGUAUUUUCCUGUUUUGUAAUGUAGAACUUGUUCACAGGCAAAU